AAAAUAUUUAGUUAUUAUUAAACUCAUUAAGUUUAAAUAUUAACAGUAUUUUAUUUUACAACACAUAUCUGAGAUAUAACUAAUUUAUAAAUUUUAUUUAUGUGUUAGCAUGUAUAAAAGAAUAUGGACAGCGCUCGAGCUAAACAAAAUUGUCUCUGUAAUUAUUAUACACGCACUCGAUUUAUUAUUAUUUCUCAUAUUAUUGCCAUUUAUGGUUUGGGAAUGGUUCUCUGAAAGGCCAUAUAUAAUAACAAUCUUGAGAACAAUUAUCGAAGUAACGUUAGAGCUGAUUGUGUUGACUAUCUUUGCUGGUGUAUCAAUACUCAUAACUGUGAUUUUUGUAUUUGAUGAUGUAUAUUGCAGUAAAACGCAAUCAAAUCAGCAAAAAAUUUUAAAUAUUGCGCUACAUGAUAAUGAUAAAAGUUUUCAUAUUGUAGAAUCUUCAAAUUUUACAAAUAAUAAACGUUAAAAUACUCAAAAAUCUAAAAGUCGUUUUAAAUUUAAAAAUUAAGAUUUAAAAAACGUAGCGAUAGUAUAAUUGGUUAAAGAGAAACAAAAAAUGUAAUGUGGUCCACUACAAGAAUCUGUGUAGAAAAUUAAGGAUGGUCUUAUGUAUCAUAAAGCCUCGAGCAUUAUUUAUUAGAGAUGUGAUAAGAAAGAUUUUCUUGUUUUACGCUGAUGAGGUUCCAAUCAUUAUUUGUUAAUUUUAACCUUAUAAAUACUUAUUUAUUAGAGUUAAUUUAUAAAGACCAGAAAUGGAUUUAUGAAUUACACUACAAAUCGUUAUAU